AUGGUGGGUGUCAUCCGUCGCAUGAACCAUCUGACAGAACUCGUCCGGAUAAGAAAUGGCCCCGGAGCGGCGAUCCUCCCACAGGAUGUGACACGGAUACACAUGGACUUCGCCCACAAAAUCAACGGGGGGCAUAUGGGACCGAGGAAAGUCUGGCGUGACAGCCUACCGCGGUUGAAGUACUGGAACCCGACCAUACCCAUGGUUGUCAACCGCAGCGACAAUCAAGACGGCCCCGCUACGCUGUCAAUUUACUUCCGUGAACCGGGCGCAACACUCGCCUCAGACGUCCCAAUGCCCAGUUCUUCAGCCGAGGGAUUUGCAAAAGCGCCCGCGCCGGCCGCUGGUGAGCGCGUGCUCACCAUCGACAUGAAGGAGCGACGGUCCGAGGCAAUUCUGAAGGAGUUUAUGGAUAAGAGCGGUGCCGUACCAGUCAAGACCACGCCGCAGGACGAGGCCCUCUUGCGCGAGGUCGAGGACCGGAAGGCGACCGGUGCCAUCGAUCGGGAGCGGAUCAGGCAAGAAAACGAGGCGGUGAAGAGGGAGAAACAGAUGAUUGCACAGGCACAUUCCGAGGCGGCUGCUAUCAAGGCGGCUCUCUAAGAGCCCGGCUGAAUUGGUGUGACGAACACCUGCCCGGAGAUAAAGGAGUUUUGCGUGUAUAUCACUUGUACAUUAUCUCGCGUUAACGAGAAGGGCUUGUGCGGUCCUUAACAUGACCCUGAUACCCUGCGUUUGCUGACGACUUGGACAUGUAGAGGUUUUUGGUUGUGGCAACUCAAUUACGCAAUGCUUGUUGAAUACCUACUGGAGAG